AUCACGCAGUAGCUUUUGACUUAGCCUCAAAUCUAGUGAAAACUUCCAAAUUGAUCUCGGGAUAUGCAUGAUAUUCGUACCUUGAUUUGAUAGUGGAGUUGAUGUGCGAUAUGUUGGCCCGUCUGACAACCGCCUGCCUGCUGGCUCACCUGCUCCUUGUGCCCUUGGAGGCUUCCGCCUCUGUAAACUGCUCCAAUGCCUUGACCGAUGUGGCAGCCUGCGGAAGCUUUAGUACCAACGGAUGCUGUGCCAAGGGAUGCAUACGGAAUCCAAGAGGCAGAUGUGUCCCGGAACAAUGCACCGACACCUGGAGCCCCUGGCUGCCGCGGCCCGUGACCAUGAGCUGCUACUUCCACUGGUUCCUGGUGAUCUUUGCCGGGAUCAUUACCAUGGUGAUGACAGUCCUAGUGUUGUGCAAUGUGGGCUUUGAGGUGCGGAGCUACCUACGCCAGCGAAGGCACCGGCGUUUCACACCCUUCCGGGACCUGAGCGGCAUCUCCAUAGGAUCUACUCAGUGCUAGGACACGUGUGGGAAUCGGAAGCCCGGCCUCGGAUUCGAUGGGAGAUGGGAGCUGGAAGAUGGAAGAUGGGAAGUGCCUGAGGGAUUUACCAUAAUCUGCAAUACAUUAGCGGCAGCUUUGCUCUGGCUUCCAA